AUGCCCCCUCCUCAGAUAAAACAAGAUAUCAACCGGUCUGGCUGGGAGACAACAGAUUUCCCCUCUGUCUGCGAAUCAUGUCUUCCUGACAACCCUUACGUCCAAAUGCUCAAGGAAGACUAUGCCGCUGAGUGUAAAAUAUGCACCCGCCCAAUGACCAUGUUCCAAUGGAAACCAGAUCGCACAGCACGCACAAAACGGACAAAUAUCUGCCUGACAUGCGCUCGACUGAAGAACUGUUGUCAGUGUUGCAUGCUGGAUCUGUCCUUCGGCCUGCCUAUCGUUGUUCGAGAUGCGGCCUUGAAGAUGGUGGCGCCAGGGCCGCAGAGCUCGAUAAACAGAGAAUACUACGCACAGGAACACGAGAAGGAGAUUGAGGAAGGGAGAGGGGCAGUGGAGGAAUACGAAAAGACUGAUGAGAAGGCUAGAGACCUGCUGCGGAGGCUGGCGAAUAGCGAACCAUACUACAAGCGUCAACGAAGGAUGGAUAACACCAACACCAGGAACAGAGAGAACGAAGAUCUGCAAGAAGAGGGAAGCUCAGGACAAAGGCAAAUAGGAUACGGACCGGGACCAAACACCGGAGGAUCUACUCCGGGGCCCAUUCGAAGCAGCGAUAUUAGGCGUGGCGGGCCUCAUGGCCGCGGAAGAGGAGGAGGGAUGCGGGGCGGGCGUGGUCGUGGUGGUGGACGAGGUUUUCCCAGCGUCACCCAACUCCCUCCAGGACCCCAAGACAUCCUUCCCCCCGACGAUCCGAACAUAACCUCUCUUUUCAUCACCGGUGUCGAAGACGACCUCCCCGAACACGCCCUUCGCACUUUCUUCACCGAAUUCGGCACCCUGCGCUCCCUCAUCUGCUCACACCGCUCACACUGUGCUUUUAUUAAUUACGCGUCGCGAGAGGCGGCGGAGAAAGCCGCAAACCAUUGUCAAGGCAAAGCCGUGAUACAGGGCUGCCCCUUGCGUGUGCAGUGGGGUAAACCGCGACCGUUGGAUAAUAUGGAAAGGGAGGAGAGAAUGCAGUAUGCACGGCAGGGACGGGCGGUGGUCCCUAGAAAGAAUCAAGGCGCAGGAGGUGCAGGGAGAACCAAUAAUGAAGCUGCUCUUGGUGGGAGUGCGGGGGUGACUGGGCAAGAGGAACAGCACCAGCCAUCGUUUGUCGUCGCGCCGCCGCCGGGGAGUGGGGAGGUGCAGUAUGCUAGUUUGGCGGGUGAUUGA